UCAACUGUCAUUCUGCCUUAGUGACGUGUAUGUGAGUUUGGAAAAAUUUCAAGAAAACUGUGUAAUUCUAUUUAGAAUUUUUACCAGCGGCUUUAUCAAAGCCAAUGAUAAAGUCAUUAACAAUUUCACAUGUGUGAAAAUUGUAUUGUUGAAGUAAUAUAAAAGCUUUAUCACAUAAUUUACAUUACUUAAAGCCGUGGUGAAUGAGACACUUCCUACUCGUGAACGUCAUUUAAUAGAAAAGCAAAGAAGAACAUAAAAUAAAAGGGUGCAAGGAGACGGUAUACGACGGAUUGGGCUCGACUUGCAGUGGUGGCUGUGUGGAAGAAUAAGAAAAGUGUCAGGCGAGUUGACGGAAAAUGAAGAAAUAGAAAAGUGUACAACUAUUGCAGAUCGAAGGGCCGAAGGGGUUAAAUUUUGUGGAUUCGCGCUGUCUUAAAUGCAUACGUUACGACUGGCCGACGUUGGAAAUCUGGUGCACACUUUUACGUGAUUUUUUGGUUUAUCUUUCUAUUUUAUUUUAUCUACGAGUAUUUUAUAUUUUGAAACUACUGCAGAAGAUUAAGGGGUUUUUCGACAAAAAGUUAAGUUCGGUAAGCUGCUGGGAAAGAGGAAAUUUAAAGCAAUUGCACGGUUUUUGUAAUAGAUAGUGGUUGCGCUGUUGCUACCACAAAUCAACAACAAUGAUGAAUGAGGAAACAAGUAGUAGUACCCCUUCUAGUGGUGGUGUUAAGCUUUUCUUUGUACGCCUAUCACAAAUGUACCAAUCAACGCUGGAUCGUUGGACACCUCAUACUAGAAUGCGUUGGGUAGGUGCGGCUGUGCUUGUACUGCUCUUCCUGCUACGCAUCUUUAUUAACCAAGGCUGGUAUAUAGUAUGCUAUGCGCUGGGAAUAUACCAUUUAAAUUUGUUUAUUGCAUUUCUAACACCGAAAAUUGAUCCAGAAUUUGAUCCCUACGAUAAUGAUGAAGAUGGUCCCAAUUUGCCAACACGAAGUAACGAGGAGUUCCGGCCGUUUAUACGCCGCUUACCGGAAUUCAAAUUUUGGUUAUCGAUCACGAAAAGUACUUUAAUAGGUCUGAUUUGUACAUUUUUCGACUUCUUCAAUGUGCCCGUCUUCUGGCCAAUACUUGUCAUGUACUUCAUUACACUCUUUUGCAUAACAAUGAAGCGACAAAUUAAGCAUAUGAUUAAGUACAAGUAUCUGCCAUUCACACGCAACAAGCCGCGCUAUCAGCGUGUUGUUUAAUUUGAGCGAGUCAUUGGCCGUGGCAUAGAUUUGUCUUAGAUCACUUUGAAAAUGUAGCGAUUAUAUUUAAUUAGCGAGCAAUAAAAACAUUUAAAAAACGUUCAAUGGAGUGCUGGUGUUAUACAAUAAAACAUCCGCCUUGGUUAAUAUUAUAUUUGAAUGCCUGUGUCAUUUUGGAUUCCUCAUUUGGCGUGACUCUGGAAAUAAAUAAUAGUCUUCGGUUAUGUUUUUCUUUAUACAUACAUACAUACAUACAUAUGACCUAAUCAAACCGUAAAAGUAAAUAUAUAUUAUAUAUAUUAUAAUUACUAUUAAUUAUGCUUAGUAAUGUUAUAUGUGUAUACCUUUAUGAAAUCGUUUUAAACGCAAAAACAUAAAAAUAAAUUCUAACCUAGUAUGCCAACCUUUUUAGAAAAUUAAGUACAUAUGUACAUGGAUGCUAUUAAUUUAGAUACCCAUAUGUAUGUUGUGUAUGUCUUUUGUAAGUAGUAGCAGCUAAACAGAAUUAUUCAAAAUCUAUUUAAAAUUUUUUUCGAAACUCACAUUGCAUUGCACGAGAUCAUUUUGUCACAUUCGUUUGUCUUGUACGAGCACUAUUUUUAAAUUGAUUUGUAGUGGUAUAAAAAAUAUUUAACAUACAUAUGUACAAAUAAUAUGUACAAGGUAAUUUACUUUCAAAUUAAUUAUUAAAUAUGAUAUGGCAUUGUAAUGAUUUCCUUUAGACACCGUUUUUCAUGUAUUUAAUUGUAGAUUUUCCUUAUUGCCAUUUUUUCGCAAUACAAACAUACAUACAUAUGUAUAUUUUUUCAAGUUCACAAAAAAAAGAGAAGAAGAGAAGAGGUUAUGCGCUAAUGUUGAUGAAUCGCUGGUUGUCAAAUACCUAUAAUAAUGAAUUACAAUAAAAUGCCUACAUACAUACAUACAUACAUACAUGAAUACAUAUAUAUACCUACAUACAAACAUACGAACCAACAUAAGUGCAUCUAUGUGAGUUGCGAAGUUGAGAACGAAAUCAGUGUACGAUUGUAAUAAGCAAAAACUAAAUAAAAAUACCAAAUCAUUUGAAUAAAAUACAAA